GGGAUGCUCAGUGGGGCCGACUAGCUUAGCCGGCGAGUCAAUCCCUCCCUUUCACGGGUUGAGUCUAUUGGCUUCCAAUGCAGCCAACUUCGGUUGAAUGUCACGAUGUCCCCCGGCAGGACUAGGCUUGCUAUCAGUGGCCGACCUGCUUAUUGGUUAGUCGGAUGUGCUGCCCUUUUUCCAAUUCAAUCCUUUAACACCCGCAUCCUCUUUGCUCUCUUGCUCUCUCUUUCGCUCUACACCACUAACCCCCCGCCCCGCCCAACAAAGCCCCCACUUUCAUUCGGUCUGGAGAUGCUGACUGGCCCGAUUUGCGCUCACUCGUCCAUGUCUGUGGGACAGACAAGCCGCUGAUAAGCCAGAUAGGCUAAGAGAUGAUGCAGGUCCUAAUUGGUAACGGGACCACCAUCCAACAGCGUAGCGAGUAAUACUACUGUAAGUUGUAGAACAUCAUCAUGGCAAGGGCUGAACGAG